CUCAACACUGACAGAAUUCCGCCUUCGACCAUUGCAUUCGUGUGUUGACAAACAAACGGAACUGCAAAGUUGCUUGAAAUCAUAUUUCUCCCCCGAACUAUGCUCUAAACUCCUACCCAAAUAUGAACUCAGAUACGCAGAUCAUAAAGUUAGUGGAAGAAAUUUUGGUUGAGAAGACCGACGACUACGACUAUGAAGGGCUUGUGGUCAAUGAAGCGGAAAUCCAGAAGCGAGUUGAUGAUGGAUUCAAUAAAUUCGCCACUGUUUUUGGUGCAAUGUCGCAGGAUGCAAAGGAGGGAGCGCUGAGACAGUAUUUGAUCUACGUGGCCGGAAUUAACCACCGAAAUAAGGUACACAAGCACAUGCAAGUGUUGAACAAACUGGUCGGAAUGAACAUCGUACAGGCGAGAUUGUUGUGCGAGCAGAUUAUGGGCUCGGAAAAGCUAGUGUUUCAGAAUCAGGCAUUCUGGAUCGAGUGUUUUCAGGUUGUCCGUAAAAUUAUCGGCGGCGUCGACUACAAAGGGGUCCGGGAGAUCAUGAAGUGCUGCAAGGAGAAGGCACUUUCGUUCCCUACCGCCAUCAGCUCAAGCAUCCUACCACAGAUGCUCGAACUGACGGAUGUGAUUGAGCAUAUCUUCAAUCGGAACGCGUGCCUCCUCCCAGCGUACUUUAUUAUCAACGAGAUACAGAAGGCGGACUAUCAGGACACCCACUGGCGCAUCGCCAAUCUGAUUGCGAACUUCAUUGAGGAGUUUGUAAUCGUUGCGCAAAUGCUGUCGAUCAUUGGCCACUCGUCGAUGCUGCCGAUCGUUGAGCACUCUGCAUAUGCGGACAAUCUGAUCAAUCCCUGGAAGCUCGAUCCGAACACACUGAAGCUCUCGUUGAGGGGGAAUUUACCGUACGAACCGGACCUGUUGCAGCCCCAGACGAAACUGUUGAGAUUUGUGCUCGAGCAGCCGUAUUCUAGGGAUAUGGUUUGUUCAAUGUUGAAUCUACAGAAACAGCACAAACAAAAAUGUGUUGCCCUGGAAGAACAGUUAGUUUGGUUGGUUAUUUGCGCAAUGGAGUGCUCGGAGAAGGAACCAGCUCACUCUACAGACGGAGAAGACAGCAUUUCCAGCCACACGCAGUGGGUGUGGUUGCAACGGGAAAAACUUACCAGGUCCGAACUUAUUGAGGUAAGACAGAUUAAUAGCUCUUUCUCAAAAUUAAGGGUAGUGGUGCAUGGCCGUUCUUAGUUCGUGGAUUGAUUUGUCUGGUUAAUUCCGAUAACGAACGAGUAUAUCUCCGGGAGCAUUCAAAGAAACUCAAUCACGAAUUUUCUACCCAUCUUAAAAUUAUAUGACAUUCUCUAUCCAGAGAAGGAACCUCUUCCGGUUCCAGAUUAUAAUAAUCCUUUCUGUACCCAUCAAAUGGCUCCCACUUGCAUCUGGAUUCAUCUGUUGAAACGCGCCCAAUCUGAGCACUACAACAUCAAUCGACCAAUCCCAAUGGCGCUGAAAUUACAUCACGAGUUCCUCCAGCAUCUUGUCAUGCCCAACAAUAAUGCAACACUAUGCAUGGGAACCGAUUAUCGCAUUGCCCUUCUGUGCAAUGCUUAUUCAACGAAUCAGGAUUACUUUUCUCGUCCGAUGGCAGCUCUUAUCGAGACGAUAUUGGGAAAUCCCAAGAACCAAUCCGGAACCGGUGGCAACCAGCAGCUGCCCACUAUUCCGCUGUCGAUGUGUGUGCUGGACAGCUUGACGAUCCACAGUAAAAUGUCUUUGAUUCAUAGCAUAGUAACUCAUAUGAUAAAACAGGCGCAGAACAAAAGUACCAUUCCGAAUGCGAACAACAUGGCACCGGCGCUGGUUGAAACCUACUCGCGAUUGCUGGUUUACACAGAGAUUGAGUCCCUGGGAAUAAAAGGAUUUCUGAGUCAACUACUGCCUCAAGUUUUCAAGUCCCACGCUUGGGGUAUCCUGUAUACUCUACUGGAAAUGUUCUCAUAUCGGAUGCACCAUAUACAGCCACAUUAUCGGGUUCAGUUGCUUUCCCAUCUGCACUCGCUGGCAUCCGUUCCGCACACCAAUCAAAUGCAGCUACAUUCCUGCGUGGAAUCCACCGCCCUUCGUCUCAUCACUGGACUCGGUUCGGUGGAGGUACAGGCACAGCUCUCGCGUUAUGUCAACGAGCCAAAAACUCCGGGCAAUAUCGUGUCAGCCGAAAGUGAGGAACUAAAUCGGGCACUCAUUCUGACGUUGGCACGUUCCAUGCAAAUCACCGGCACCGGGAACGAUCCCCAAUCGAGCACGUGGUGCAAAGAUCUGCUGGCAAGCAUCAUGCAAAACACUCCCCACUCGUGGUCUCAGCAUACCCUGCAGUGCUUUCCUCCGGUGCUGAAUGAUUUCUUCGUGCAGCACAACAUUCCGAAGGAGAACAAACAGCUGCUGAAAAAGUCCGUCGACGAAGAGUACCGCAACUGGGCGUCGAUGUCCAACGAGAACGAUAUCAUCGGGCACUUUGGGACGGCCGGAACACCGCCUCUGUUUCUCUGUCUGCUGUUCAAGAUGAUUGUGGAGACGGACUCCAUCAGUCCGGUGGCUUACAAAAUUUUAGAACGCAUCGGUGCCCGCGCUCUGUCAGCCCACUUACGAAAGCUCUGCGAUUACCUUCUAUUCGAGGUAUCCAACUCUGGUGGCAGCGCUCACGUGAACAAGUGCGUAGACACCAUCAACGAUAUGAUCUGGAAACAUAACAUCAUAACCAUCGAUCGGUUGGUCCUCUGUCUAUCGCUCCGCACUCUCGAAGGUAACGAACCACAGGUCAGCUUCUGCAUCAUCCAGCUUCUGUUGCUGAAAACUCCGGAGUUCCGGAGUCGUCUCCAGGAGUUCGUGAGCAUCAACUCUCCGGAACAUUGGAAGCAGAACAACUGGCACGAGCGUCAUCUGGCGUUUCAUCAGAAAUUUCCGGAGAAAUUCGCACCGGACGAGUCCGUGUCGCAUCCUUCCCUGCCGGUAUAUUUUGGAAACGUGUGCUUGAGGUUUUUGCCGGUUUUGGACAUCACGAUACAUCGAUAUUUGGAGGUACCACCGGCUAUGAGCAAAACGGUGGACGUUUUACUUGACCAUCUAGGACCACUGUAUAAGUUCCACGACAGACCGAUCACUUAUUUAUACAACACAUUGCACUAUUACGAACGCAGGCUGCGGGAACGGCCUCAGCUUAAGAAACGACUGGUUGCAACAGUUAUCGGUUCACUGAAGGACGUUCGGCCAGAUAAUUGGGCAGUGACGGAGCAGUAUCAUGCGUACAUGUUAAAAAAAGAUGACACGGUUAACUGGAUACCCGAAUUGACCUACUAUAUUAAUCUUGUCCGUCGUAUGCAGGACACAAUCGACGGUAACAACGUAUUCUCAGGUACAGACUGGCGUUUCAAUGAAUUUCCGAAUCCGCCGGCACAUGCACUCUACGUAAGUUGUGUUGAGUUGCUCGGACUUCCAGCUGGUCCUCAAGUUGUGGCUAACAGUUUGAUAGACGUCGUGGUGAAAGGCUAUCCGGUGAUUCCGUACCAGAGUGUGCACAACUGGAUCAACACUAUCGGACUGAUCAUGGCUGCCCUGCCGGAAUCGUACUGGGGAGUCAUUUACGAGCGAUUCCGAGAUGCGAUCAGCUCACCGCAGAUAUCGGAGUGGGUAUAUCGUCAGAGUCCGUUCGAGUUGUUCAACUUCAAGAUCGUGAAAGAGGCGAUGCUGGAGAAAAACUAUGUGGUGAUUCUGGCAAUCGCCCAAAGCAUUUUGCAUCACAGCGGAAUUGGACAAAUUUCGACUGUCACAGACUUAAUCAAGGAAAAAUUCAAACCCCUCAUCAAAACGGAAUACCAACUAAUCUACUUAUGCCACCUAGUCGGUCCAUUCUUGAAUCGUCUCAGCACGGAACGUCCCCGGGCCGUGUCGGAUAUAACUCUUAUUUUAUACGAACUGCUGGAACAGGUCGAUAAGUCCCAACCAUCGGUGCCCCUGAAAUACAUGGAUCCGAUAUGUGAUCUGCUGUACCACAUCAAGUACAUGUUCGUGGGUGACAUGAUGAAAACCGAACUGGAGGCGAUCAUUCGUCGGCUUCGACCCGCAUUGCAGAUGCGGCUACGUUUCAUAACCAGAUUGAAUGUUGAUGAAAUAGGCGUGGAACAGCAGCAGCAGCAGCAGCAGAAUGUUGAGGCUAGUGGGCAAAGCAGUACCCAAUCGGGAGCUGCACAGCAAACUGCAGCGCAAACUGCUGGACAGCAGCAGGGUCUGGCCGGUGGAGUACCGCAGGUAAUGCCACCGAACAUUCAACAGUCCCAGCAACAGCAGGUGCAACAAUAAGAUGUGAGUUUUUCUUAUUUCUCUACAAACUUAAUCAGAUAUUUGUACGUGUAAGUUAUACAUUGUUUGUGCAACAUACAAAACUCUAAAGAUACUACCCCAACUAUGUAAGGUAGGAAAUAGAUCGUUUACCCAUGAGAGUGGA